UGUGGUAUUUUGUUAAAUUUAAUAUUUUAAAAUUAAGAAAUUUUAUUGAAGAAAAAGUUAAAAUCAAAUGAUCAAAAUCUAGGAUCUGUAUUUUGUAUCGUCUGUAAAUUUAUGUAUUUUACAUGAUUAUAUUUAUAUAAAUUUUAUUUGUUACAUACUCAGGAUACUAAAAAAAUACUGUAAAUAGCUAUUUGUUAACAAAAAAAAAUGGAUUUUAAUAUAGAAGUAAGAAAAAAGCAAUUAAAAAGUUUGAAACAGUACAUUUCAUCAUCAGAAGAUAGUGUUAAUGCUGUUUUGCAAAGUUUAGGCUGGACGUCCAAAAAGACUUCAGAGAGUAAUGAUAUCAACGUCACUUGUCCUAUAAAUAAAAAACAUACAAUAUCUUCAAAGUCUGCAGAAGAGCACAUAAAAAAAUGCAAAUUAAAUUUUUGUGGCUAUCAGACCGAUAAUAAUUUUUUGUCAGACCCACCUGAGAAUGAGAAUGGUAGCUGUAUUAAACUGGAUAAUAAGACAAAAAUUGAUGUUCUGAAUCAUGCCAGAAUAUCAAAUAGUGGUUUUAGAGCAAUAUGGAAUGGACAUGAAAGUGAUGCAAUGACUUCAGAUCGCCUUUUAAGCACCUUUUCUUCAGAUGAGAGAUUAGCAUUAUAUGAUUAUUCAGUAAAAAAUACUGCAGGGCCAUCUAAACCACCUGAAUUUACUCUCGAAAUACCAGACUCGAAAAACGGCAAAGGAUUGAGCGAAAAAGAAAAACUUGCUUUAGAAAGAGAUGCGAAACGUCGUAGAGUCAAAUAUAAAUCCGUACACACAAGCAAGAAAAGUCAUACUGAAGUCACUAGGGAGGUUAUCGAUAACCAAAUGGAGUUGUACACCCAAUGGAUCAAACAAAAGGAAAAACAGGAAAGGCGAGAAAAAGAACGACAAAAGGAAAAAGAGAAGCUGGCUGAAGAAGAAGCGUGCCGUCGUGAAGACCAAAGCGAAUAUCAUUAUAUAGAAACUACUUAUCAAAAUCAACCGCAAAAUAAUUUUACUAAUGAAACUUAUGGAACUCAGUACUAUGGUAACAUUACAAAUAGCGAAGGCGUCAUCACAGACUGGAGCCAUGUAUAUCAGGGAGUUGUCGAUACUGAUUUUAAUAUUGAACCUAGCCAAUACAUGAACGAGUAUGCAGGAACGCCAGUAGUACUAGAACCAACUCAAAAUUAUUCACAGUCCAUCUCUCAUAUGUAUAAUGGUUAUAAUAAUGGCAUAAAUUAUUCUCAAAGUGUCGACUUAAAAUCGAGUACUAAUGGAAAAUUGAACGAAUGUACUUAUACUACAUAUGAUAGCAAUUCCAAAGAAAAAAAUAUUCGCUAUGAACCGUAUCACAAUAAUAAGAGUGUUAAAGAUAAACAAGAGACAAAUAGAAGAUAUGAAAGAGAGGGUAAUAGAGAUUAUUCUUCAGAGAGAAAAUAUCAGAGGUAAAUGAAAUAAAAUCAGAGAGAUUCUGAGAAUCAAAAUAUUUUUGCUCAAGUCUGUAAAACUAGGUUUGUUAAUAAAAUAUUUUUUGUGCG